CUAUUGUGUGUGUAAGUAAAAACCGUCGUUAAACGAGAACGAAACGUUGGUGCAAAUUAAAAUUGUAAAUAUUCUAAUCAAAAUAGUAUAUAGUUUAAUAGAUAUUCGUGCAAUUGAAAGCAUUAAAGCUCAUCUUCAAGGUGAACAAGUUUUGGGAAAAAGUUCGAAUGCAAGUCAAAUUACGUUUUUGAAGUUUAAUUAACGCAUGUAAUUGUAUCAAAAAGCGGAGGGUGUGUAUGUCCGUCCGUGGGACUUCGCUGUCGCAGUAGCAGAUCGCUGCCAGUGACAGCUGCUAUCAACGCAUGUCGUCAAACUUCGCUGCUCAAAUUUGUUAGUUGUGCUUUUGGCUGUCAUGCAAUUAGAUUUUCAGACGCUUAAAUUUGAAAAAGUCAACUGUGAAAACGUUUGUAACUAGUGUGAAGAACUAUUGUGGCAAGCAGGUGAAAUUUUCUGAUGACAUUGAAAAAGCUAAAUUAUAUAUAUUUUAAUGGAAUCGUUUGGAAACAAUAAUCAGAGUACAGAUAAUAAUUUCACAAGUGUAAGGAACUUUCAAACGAACAUUAUAACAGACGAAGCAGCUAAUAAAACUCAGCGUGGAAACUGUGAGCAUGAUGCGAUCCAUCCACGGCUAUUAAACAACAAUGAAAAACAGCAUGAAUUAGUAAAAUGUUUGAGCUGUAAGCAAAUACUUAGAUCGGCUUCAUCACAAGAAAUUUUAGAACAUUACGCAAAAAUUGCUCAUAGUAAUUCAUUUGGGAAGUGUUACUACUGCGGUGGUAAAGUGCAUCAAUAUAAGUAUUUUGAAGAAAUUCGUACAUAUCAUAGUUGUAGCCGUUGGAAUCGCGGUAUAGACAAAUGAAUAUUAAAAUGGAACGAAAUAUUGACAUGGACAGCCUAGACACAUACGUUAUUACAGAACGUGUGGAAAGUGGCAGUGCAGACUCAGGCGAAUCUGAGUGUUCAGAUAAUGGUGGCGGUGUGGAUGAUGACUCCAGCAGCUUAAGUUCACGAACAACUGGUGGCAAUGGUUACGGUAAACGUUGGUCAAGAGCUGAAGAUAAUUUACUUAAAGGGCUUGUUGGACAGUUUGGUGACCAGUGGGAAUUGAUUGCGCCACAAUUUAAGGAUCGCACCGAACAGCAAGUGCAGCAACGUUGGGCUAAAGUUUUAAAUCCCGAGCUGAUAAAAGGGCCUUGGACAAAAGAAGAAGAUGAAAAAGUUGUCGAACUCGUGCGACGAUUCGGACCAAAAAAAUGGACACUUAUAUCACGUUACUUAAAUGGACGCAUUGGCAAACAAUGUCGUGAACGUUGGCACAACCAUCUCAAUCCUAAUAUUAAGAAAACGGCAUGGACGGAGGAAGAGGAUCGCGUCAUCUUUAAUGCACACAUGGAGUGGGGUAAUCAAUGGGCAAAAAUAGCGAAAUUACUGCCUGGUCGCACUGAUAACGCUAUAAAAAAUCACUGGAACUCUACCAUGCGUCGCAAGUACGACCCGCAUCGGUUGAGAGUGCUAGCACGACAGUGCCCCGACAUUCAAGACUCGCGCUCCAAUCUAAAGGCGCUCAUUAAAGCGAGUAUUAAUACAGUGACCCAAUCACAAAAUCAUGCACCACCUCCAGCACCUGCAGCACCUCUCUCACUCUCAGCACAGAUUUUACAACGGCCACAAAUGCAACGACAACAAAGUGAGCAAGUUCAGGACAAACCAACAACAUCAGCAGUCGCCGCUAUGCAGUUAUCGGCACAACAUGCCGUUAAGCCACCACCUGCAAGACUACCACCAAACAUAUUGAAACGUGCGAGACCGCAUUAUGAACAACAACAACAGCAACAGCAAUUUGUUGGCAUGGACGCUUGUGCAGCAACAAAUGCGCUUGGCUUAGAAAAUAUGGGAUUAAACACCGGUGGUCAGUGGAUUAAAACCGAAACCAAAUUACCUGAGUCACCAGUUAUGACACCAAUAAAACCAUUACCGUUUUCACCAUCACAAUUUCUUAAUUCGCCAUGUUUACCUUCAUUCGAAGAUAUUAAUUUACGUGCCAGUACGCCUGUACAUAAAGCUAGUGGGCGUCCCGGUGUAGAAGUCAAAAAGGAGCUGGAAAGCUCAUCGAUUGAAACGCCACACAAAAGUUUUUUGGGUCCACGUACACCUACUCCAUUCAAAGACGCUUUAGCUGCUUUGGGUAAAAAGCGACGCUACAUUCCACCCAGUCCAUCUUCAUUGGUUGAAGAUUUGGCAGAAAUUAUACACGAGGAACAGGUGAAUGACUCAAAUAAUUUGGCUAUAAAGAAGGAAAAUACCUCAUCCGACGCAGACUUGACAGGCGAUAUGUCAAGGAGUACGUUUGGCGUAGGCUCAGCAUCGGUAACGCAACCAACAAAGAAGGCUCGAAAAUCGCUAAUCACCAGCUGGGGUGAAAACGUCAUGCCUAGUGUGAGCGUCAAACAUGAAAAGAAACCAUUGCCAUUCGAAACGGAGACACCUAGUAAAUUUUUAACUUCGAGUGAGUCGAUCGCAUUUUCGCCAACAACAAUUAUUAUGAAAGAUACGCUAUGCAGUGAGGCUGAUAUGCUGCUGGAAACCAAUGAAGAAGCCAAAAAGGAGAAUAGUCCAACCCAACAACAACGUCAGCUACAGCGACAACAGCAGCAAAAUCAAAAUGUGCUGUCCACUUUACCGCCACGCGAGCGAACUGGACAACAAUAUUUGGAUCCAAAAUGGGAAAAACUGGCAUGUGGACAGACGAAGGAUCAACAAUUUAUGGUGCAACAGGCGCAUGCAUGCUUAAAGAAUCUGUCGUUAAUGCCACGUUCCUUGAAUUUUGAAAAGCAAAAAUGACGUGAACAAAAAGCGCAGAAGACGCUUCGAGGCAAACUUUAAUUAUAGUUGUUGAUUAAAUACAAUAAAUUACAUAUGCUACUAGUUAUAUAGGUAUGUUUUCUACAAAUGAUGAUGGCAUACACAUAUUUAUACGGAAUUAGCGUAUAUUGAAUUAUUGUUUUAUGCUACGAUUGUUAUCGUGUUGAAAAGUUUUUAUUUUGAAUUUUUACACCUCACACAUAUAUACAAUACAAACAUAAAUACGAUUUGCGGUUUGUGAAAUGCUUAGAUUAUACCAAAUUUGAUUUUAUUUAUUUUUAUUUUUUUGUUUAUAUUUUUGAAGAAGCAUCUGUAAUCAUUGCACGGGCGGAAGCAUGUAGAAUUUAAGUCCAAAGAAAUGUAAGAAAUAUAUAAAAAAUUAUCACUACUCAAUAUAUGCAUAUUUUAUAACUCAUGCAUGUAUGUAGCUAUAUUUUACAUACAAAUGCGCGUUUGUAUAUUAUAUUUUUACUAAUAUACCUAUGCAUAAAUUGUUAGUUAUAUGAUAUUUAAAGAUUACCUAAUAUAUACAAGUAUAUAAAAGCAAAAUAACAACAAAUCGGUAUUUAAAUGUCAUGGCUUUUAUGAAAUUAUUUUUCAUUUUAUAAGAAAAAAAUAUCUAAUUGUAAAACCUCUGUGCACACUAAUCAUGUAAUCAAUAUUACCUAACUUAUUAACAAUACAUAUACUAAUAUUGUACCUACUCAAAGUCGAAAACACGAAGUAUAAUACAUAUACAUAUAUCUAUAACUUUUUUAUUCAAUAAAUCCAAUAUUUAAGGAAA